AUGAGCAAGCAAUUGUUUAUUUAUAUUGUUGAUCGCCUCUCCAAUGAAGUUGAAUUCUUUCGUCAAAAGAGGGACGGUCUCGGAAGGCUUGGUCUCUCUACACUUCAAAAAUGUACGGCAGCUAUUCGUGUGUUGGCAUAUGGUUCUGCGUUUGAUGCGGUCGACGAAUACCUCAGGCUCGGUGGAAGCACUACUCGGUUAUGUCUGCAAAAUUUUGUGGAAGCAAUAAUAAAUUUGUUCGGCGAUGAGUACUUAAGAAGACCAACACCGGAAGAUCUUCAACGUCUACUUCAUGUUGGACAGCAUCGUGGCUUUCCCGGGAUGAUAGGAAGCAUCGAUUGUAUGCAUUGGAAGUGGAAGAAUUGUCCAACCGCUUGGAAAGGGGAUUUUUCUCGUGGUUCGGAUAAACCCACAGUCGUUUUAGAGGCGGUUGCUUCAUAUGAUCUCUGGAUAUGGCAUGCGUUUUUUGGACUUCCAGGUACCUUAAAUGAUAUUAAUGUCCUUGAUCGUUCACCUGUUUUUGAUGACAUAAUAAAUGGUCAAGCCCCGCAAGUGAAUUUCUCGGUCAAUGGAAGAGUGUACCAUUUGGCUUAUUAUCUAACCGAUGGUAUUUAUCCAAAAUGGGCAACUUUUAUCCAAUCUAUUUCACUUCCACAAGGGCUAAAAGCAAGAUUAUUUGCGAAACGUCAAGAAGCUGCCCGAAAAGAUGCCGAGCGUGCUUUCGGAGUUUUGCAAGCUCGAUUUGCCAUAAUUAAAAAUCCAGUACGUUCUUGGGAUAAAGUCAAGAUUGGAAAGAUAAUGAGAGCAUGUAUCAUACUCCAUAAUAUGAUAGUAGAAGACGAACGAGAUGAAUCCACUACAAAUUGGGAAGAUAAUGUGACCACGAAUCAAUUUGAUGUUUCGGAUUUCCAACAAGGAGAAGGCAACGGAAGUUCACAUGUCAAUCUCGGCUUUUCUCAUAUUGCCAACAGUAUGGAUGUGGAAAAUGACAUUCGUAAUAGAAAAGUGCAUCAAAAACUGAAAGCUGAUUUGGUUGAACAUCUAUGGAAUAAAUUUGGUCGUGAUGAAGACAACAACUGAGCUUCGAUGCCUCUUUGAAAUUAUUAUCGUUUAUUUUUAUAAUCUUUAUU